AUGUCUUCCUCCAUACUACAUCAGUGCCCGCACUGCGGGCACGUCUCCGAUAUCUCAAAUGCACUUGCGGCCUUUAUCGAGAACCCUCACUGUAAACAGUGCGGCAUGUCUGCUUCAGAAAGCAACUCGAAAGUGCAAGACGAACUUUCCGCUCUGUUUGAUAGACAAAUGAGUAUGACACAGAUGCAUCCCGCCCCUAGAGAGACCCUUGUACCACCUCAAGCGCCAGAACCUGCAUACAGCAUUACCCAACACUACCAUCACUCAGCCCACGGAGUCGUCCAGCACACAGAGCCCUUAAGCAUUGAUGUGCUGAGACAUCACGGUCUUGACCCAAACACCCUUACUCAGGACCAACUUGCCCUUUUUGAAAACGCCGACACAGAACAAAGAGAACGGCUGAUCCAAACAUGGCAGCUCUACUCGAAGUUUGGAAAUGAUGCCAAUACUGCUCCUGGUGGGGACUUUUCUAUGCAUGAUUCUGCUAUGGAUGACCCUGCAGAUGGAAAUGGAUAUGCUGAUGCUGAACCCUACAUGGUAUCUGGGUACGAAAACACUGCCAACCAAGCCCCUCAUCUCCCGAAAGAGCCCACCACUGGUGAAUCCUAUGUUGGCUCAAAGGAUCCUGUGUAUCAAGGUCAGCAAUGGUGGGAGAUGUCAAGAGAUGCUCCGAUGGAAUCACAAUAUGGCGCAUUUCAGGAGAUGGGACGAUAUUACCCUAGCUGUGGUGUAUACCACCAUUAG